AUGUAUCUGCAUCCAGUUUCAAUCGUCAAUCUGUUCUUUUUCAUCCUUCAUCUUCUUUUCACCUUUACAGAGCAUUCUGCAGGUUAUUACCUCAAUGGGGAUGUAGCAAUUAACUGUGGUUCCACUGGCAUUUCAACGGCUUUCAAUGGCAGGGAAUGGGUUGGAGAUAUAUCGAAUUCCCCACCACAAAUAAAGGGCUCAUCCACCAGCUCAAGCACCAUCCAUAAUUUGGCUUCAGUGGAUCCUGUCCCUUACAAGACAGCACGAAUCUCUCAAUCACAAUUCUCUUAUACUUUUCGAGUAAGGCCAGGUCUCAAACUUAUUCGCCUUCACUUUAGUCUGGCUUUAUACUGGCAAUUUAAGAAGUCUCGAGACUUUUUCACAGUUGAAGUUGGGCCUUUCACCCUCCUUCGUAACUUUAGUGCUUCAAUAACUGCUGAUGCACUCAGUGUAAAAUCUUUCAUUAAGGAGUACAGCAUCAAUAUAGAAGAAAAUCAACUGUUGACCAUAACUUUUUCUCCCGAACAUAGCCAGUCACAUAAAACAUAUGCUUUUAUAAAUGGAAUUGAGGUAAUAUCCUUGCCUACAGACCUUUAUUACACUCAUGAGCAUUCUGCAGGUUAUUACCUCAAUGGGGAUGUAGCAAUUAACUGUGGUUCCACUGGCAUUUCAACGGCUUUCAAUGGCAGGGAAUGGGUUGGAGAUAUAUCGAAUUCCCCACCACAAAUAAAGGGCUCAUCCACCAGCUCAAGCACCAUCCAUAAUUUGGCUUCAGUGGAUCCUGUCCCUUACAAGACAGCACGAAUCUCUCAAUCACAAUUCUCUUAUACUUUUCGAGUAAGGCCAGGUCUCAAACUUAUUCGCCUUCACUUUAGUCUGGCUUUAUACUGGCAAUUUAAGAAGUCUCGAGACUUUUUCACAGUUGAAGUUGGGCCUUUCACCCUCCUUCGUAACUUUAGUGCUUCAAUAACUGCUGAUGCACUCAGUGUAAAAUCUUUCAUUAAGGAGUACAGCAUCAAUAUAGAAGAAAAUCAACUGUUGACCAUAACUUUUUCUCCCGAACAUAGCCAGUCACAUAAAACAUAUGCUUUUAUAAAUGGAAUUGAGGUAAUAUCCUUGCCUACAGACCUUUAUUACACUCAUGGUGGUGGUCUUGGAGCCCAAGUGGUUGGCCAAAAGUCUCGAAUCUAUAUUGACAAAAGCACAGCACUUGAAAUCGUGGAGCGAUUUAAUAUUAUAUGGGAUCCCACAUCAGUAGCUAAUGCUGGUAAAUUUAGGAUGUGGGAAACAGUAUCAUAUAAAAAGAAAAACAAGAUCAACACUUUCACCUGGAAAAUAUCUGUGGAUGUCGGAUUUGAAUACUUGAUCAGGCUUCAUUUCUACGAGAAAGGACUGCGUAUGGCAGAGACUGGCAACAUGGUGUACAGUGUCCUCAUAAAUGACAUGAUUGCCGAAACUAAUGUUGAUAUAGUAAAAGAGAGGGGUGACAAUGACAUCCUUUGGUACAGAGACUAUAUAGUAAAGGUUAAAGGACAUAAAGAAGAGGCUAGGCAUGAUCUAACAAUUUCCCUUCAGUUGAAGGGUGAAUUGAUAGAUGGACCCCUUAGAAGAUUGGAGUUAUGCAAGUUGAGCAACCUGUACAAUAGUCUUGCCUCUCGAUAUCCCUCGUCUCCCACACAAGCUUCAUCAUCUGGAACUCUACGAAUAUUAUUGUCAAUUUCUGGUCGAAGAAACGCAGUUGUAACUGGUGCAGUAAUUAUAACCACUCUAGUCAACAUCAUCGCUUUUAGGUUGCGGCAAAUCUGGGAAGCCAACGCUAUUGAGGACAGAAACAAGCCAUCAAUCUCGACUGGAGGACUCUGUCGUCAUUAUUCCCUUGCUGAGAUCCAAUCAGCCACAGAUAACUUCAGUGAUACACUGGAGAGCUCGAAGUCUUCUGUUCCAAAGAUGACUACUUCUGAUGGUGUCCAGCCUUGUUCAAGGGAAACUAUCAAAUUAACUAGUACUGGGGUACAAGAAAUCUCCUCUGUAGAUGGGCAGAAUAUCUCACCUCUUUCGGAAGAAAGAACCGAAAGUGAAGUGGUUCAGAAUGUUUUGCCUUCAGGUAGAAGCACACCCGUGGAUGGGAGAAAAACCAAUAUUUAUAAGCUAUCAUGGUUGAGGCCGUGGGAUGCAAUCUGGAAUAGGGCAAAACCAUCCAAGAGAAGAGAAUCGGUCCACUGCUCAAUAUCAGGUAUUGAAAGUGAUUUCAACAGGCUUUUCAGCAACCAAGGUCAACCUCAGUAA